UUUCACUCGCGGGCUCUCGCUAUAGAGAGCCGUGCGAAUUCUUCAAAAUUUUCGCCCCUUUUCCAAAACCCUAGAAAUCGAAAUCGAAAUCGAAAUUAAAAUUAAAGUCGAGCAAUGGCGAAGCGAGAGAUGUCGACGACGCUGAGGAACUUAAAGUUCAUGCAAAGGGCAUCUCAGAGAGAAGAACCCAAGGUCAAGGAUGAAGAACAAGCAGAAAAGCCCAAGCCUGAGGAGUCUUUUGGCGCUUCUCCUGUCCCUGCGAAAAGAUGCAUAGUGAUAAUGGAAGGGAAUCCUCAUCCGGGUGCAUUAAAAGGUCGAAUGUCAUUUCAGAGUUUCAAUCCUUCUAUCGAUAAAUUGCAUGAUGAAGCUUCAGUUGUCCAUCAAACGCAACAAUCGAACAUCAGUCAUCAGAAUGGUAGUUCCGACAGAGAGGAUACAAACUCUAACGCAGCUAGUCCUAGCAGUAACUCCGAUCAAAAAAGAAAGCAACCCGUGAUGGAGAUGGAAACACCAUCUUCCAUUAAACUGCAAAAAACUGCAGCUGGGAAUGAAAACGAGCAAUCAUCAUCUUCACAAAAUAACUCGAGAGGUAAGAAGCAGAAGCGUGACAAGUUGGACUGGAAUGUACUUCGACCACCAAAACCUUCUAGAUAAAAAGGAGUUAUUUUUACGCGAGGGGAUUCUCUCUAUGUAUCAAUUAUAAUUGUACCUUGUAACCUCCUAGCCUUUUUGUUUGAGAAUUGUAACCUCCCAAGUCUUGUUUUUGGUUCCUCUUUCUGUUUUGUUUAUUUUUCAGUCAAGUUUGUAUUCUUAAUUGAUGAUUGUGGAAUAUACAGGUUCGAGUGUCGUUGGAUUAGAGUUGUCAUUUUCUGGGUUCUGAAGCUUCUACUUCUUUGCUUA